UUAUACAUUUUCUUUCUUUGUUGCUUGGAGUUUAGAAUUUUUGAAACAUACCCUUUAUUUCUUAUUCAUCAUAGAUUAAUGGGUAUGUUUUGGAUUUUGAUCUUCUUCUCCCUAAUCAUCUCCAUCUCACCUUCUUACGGUUUUGAUCCAUUGGAUCCACAUGGUAACAUUACAAUCAAAUGGGAUCUUUUGCAAUCAUCGGAUACAUAUGAUCUAAAAGUAUCAAUAUUCAAUUACCAACUAUACCGCCACGUGGAGUCACCUGGUUGGAAAUUGGGUUGGGAUUGGAAAGGCCACGAAGUGAUAUGGGGAAUGUGGGGAGCUGAGGCAACUGAGCAAGGAAACUGUACUAGGUUUAAAGGAACAACACUCCCACAUUGUUGCGAAAAAAGUCCGGUGAUUGUUGAUCUUUUGCCACAUUGUGCGAAAAAGCGCAUAUCAGCAGCAACCCCAAAAUGCUGUGUUUCCUUGUCGGCUUUUUACAAUGAUACUAUUGUUCCUUGCCCUAAAUGUAGCUGCAGAUGCCAAGAGCAACCUGGAGCAAAAUGUGUAAAGUAUGGAGAGACACCAUCUUUGCUGCGAGAAAAGCAAGAUUCAAAUGAUGCAACUUUGCUGCGAGAAAAGCAAGAUUCAAAUGAUGCAACCCCAGAAGUAGUAAGGUGUACACAGCACAUGUGCCCUAUAAGGGUACACUGGCAUGUGAAAGAGAGUUAUAAAGAGUAUUGGAGAGUUAAGAUGACGAUAAAUAAUCUAAAUAUAAUGAAAAAUUAUUCUCAGUGGAAUUUGGUUGUCUUACAUCCCAACUUUAAAAGCUUGUAUCAAGUAUUCAGCUUCAACUAUGAACCGCUUGAUCAGUAUGGAAACAUCAAUGAUACAGGAAUGUUUUGGGGGAUUGAGUACUAUAAUGCCAUGUUACUACAAGAAGGUGAUAGUGGAAAUGUGCAAACAGAAAUUUUAUUGCACAAAGAUGAAGAUUUCACUUUUAGAGAAGGAUGGGCUUUACCCAGAAGAGUUUUGUUUAAUGGUGAUGAAUGUGUGAUGCCACAACCAGAUGAUUAUCCAAGGCUACCCAAUUAUGCUCACACUAAGUUCAUAAUUAGUUCUAAUAUAAUCAUUUUUCCAUUACUGUUGCUUAGUAUUAUUAUCUUCUAAAAUUCUUUGAAAGGCUUAUUAUUAUCGGUAUUUGUAUAUUGAGAGAGAGUUUUG